AUGCUAGACCAGGCUUUCAGAGAAUCUGUUCAGGCGUGCGAAGUCUUCCUCUCGCGCUACAAGCAAGUCCAGGGGAAAUUCAUCAGAAACCUCGUCUAUACCCCGUCUUCCCUUCGCCACUUUUCAACAACUGAGCUAUCUAUUGACGAAUUCCUGCAUGCUGCCCGGAACUACCGGUUUGACCUCGCCAACGAACAGCCCGUACAAGCCCUUCUGUACCAGCAUUCCCCUACAGAAUCCACUCUCGUGAUCCUAAUGUCCCACCUAGUCGGCGAUGCCAUCACGAUGAAUGGGUUCCUCAACAGUCUCGCCGCCCGCUUCCACGCCAUGUCCAGACAAGAACUCACCGACCCAGGUUGCUUUUGGGCUGAUCCCCGACAUACAUACACCUACAUAGACUGGACCGCAUGGUCCACCACUCAGGAGCACCUCUCAGCGGAGGCCUUAGUCUUCUGGAAAACCUAUCUCGACCACCCGCCCCUUCAAACUGGCCUGAACCAGUCCCGUCGACCAAGGUCCUACACCGGCGGGUUUGAGUCCUGGACCCUCCCGCGCGACCUCUCCAAAUCCCUCCUCCACGCCUGCACCGACCUAUUCGUGAGCCCGCAUCAACUCAUGCUCACUGCUGUCGCGCUUGCCACGCAAGCCCUCCGACCCAGUCAGGACAUCGUCAUGAUGGCCCCGUACUCCCUACGCACGGAACCCCUGACCGAGGAUCUUGCCGGUUGUCUGCUAGACCGUGUACCCAUUCGCGUCAAGUGGGACCGACGCCAAUCGCUACUUGAGCUUCUGCGAGCUGUCCAGCAGUCCUCGCAAGCGGCAAUCGCCCACGCUGUUCCCUACUCCUCUCUGUGCAAGGGCCUGCACCUUUCCCCGACCCUCACAGAGCCCUUUGCGGAGAUCAUGGUGACGUUCCACCCUCCGGCCACCAACAAGGCUGGAUGUUCCUUCGGCCAGCCGUUUUCCCUCCGUCCGUCUGGCGCCAAAUUCCCCAUCCUGUUCGAAUUUUUCCAACAGUCCCCAGAUGAGCCAAUCACCGUGGUUUUCGAGCACGACAACGCAAUCCUCAGCGGUCAAGACGGCGAGGCUCUAUUGUCGGCGUUCCAGCUGGUCUUGCAAAUUAUUGGCGAUAAUCAAACAGCCCACGAAAUGGUGGAGACAGUGUGCCGUGAGGUGCGUACACCUGAGAAAAGACUCAAUGGUCUGCUGGAAGAUCAGAUGUCGGAGUCUUGUUCCGAGGGGUCAAAUAAUGAGUUCCAUGAAGAAAUCGUACGGAAGGCGUUCGCCACAUGUCUUGGUGUGACGGUGGAGGAUGUGGGCUCGCAUACUUCGUUCUUUGAUGAGCUUGGGGGUUCUUCGGCUGAUGCGGUCCGUCUGGUGUGGUUGUUGAAGGAGAGAGGCGUAAUUGGAGUGGAUGUGCGGCAGGUGUUGUUGGCGAAGACGCCCGCAGCGCUCGGGAGGAUGGUGUGGUCUAUUGAAUAG